AUGUCAAGCAGCAGCUACGAGCUCCAGGGUGAUGCCCCUGAUUCUAGUGUGAUAGAGGAACCGUGGACAUCUAUUUAUGGUUCUUCAGAAAUCGGACCCUCUUCUCCUCAAAUACAAGAUCUGACACUCGUAUCCUCUCCCCCGCCCAUACAACGGAAGAGGAAACGGGUAGAGCCAUGGGCAUGGAACAAAAGAGAAAACCAUUUACGGCGUGCCAAUGCGCAACCUAUAAUGUCCUACUGGAAGAUACUUGAGGAAACAGUUGAUGCAUUCAUCAAGGAGCCUAACCGUGGAGCAGUUAUACAUGGCUCUCGGUUCGGUAUGAUUACAUGGAGCUCAGAGGAGAAACUCGCGCUGUUUGCAGCCCUGGGCAGGAAAGGCAAAAGCGCGAUUUCCGAGAUCGCCUCUAUAAUCGGCACCAAAAGCCGGCUAGAGGUUCAAGAAUACCUCUUUGAACUUCAACAGGCUUUGCAAGAGAAGCACAUGACAGAGAAAACAGUUCGAGGAGUAACGUUGUCAGACAUACAUGCGGCUGCCGAAAUAAGUGAAGAGUGCUGUCUCGCUUUGGAAAAUGUGGCCAAUUCACUGUCUGUUCGGGAAGAGCAAGCACAUAACAUUUCGGGGCGACGAAAGUACCAAAAUAUGUGGCUUGUAGACCGUACCGCUGCGCUGUACUUGGAAGAAAAGGUUAAAACCAAAGAAAUCAGUGACGUCGACCCAAGUGCACACCAUAUGUUAGCUACAGCACAGUUAUUUAACAUAUUGAACUGGGUCAACCUCUCAAGAAAUGUCUUUAUGAAUUUCGGAGGUCGUCGUAUAGAAGAUAACUGGACCAAAAUCUGUUUUCACGACGAGACUCCUGCCAUUACUUGUGACAGUUUUACGGAUUUUUAUACGCUCGCAGUUAGCUUGACGCGACGGCUAGUGCAGUCGUCUAUAUUCUUUGCUCUUUCCAGAAUUCGCACAAUGGAAGAAAGGGGUUGGAAUCGACAUAGAUUUGUACGAAAGGAUGAUGUGCAGGCUGCCUUGAAGACUUUGAACGUACAAGCUAAUUCCCGUGAGUUCUGGGUUAAUGCUGCACGACGAUGUUCGCUGGAUGUUCGCGAGUAUGUGAGCAAGGGAAGCUCUAAGACGAUGUUACUUUCUUACGACGAGGUAGAGAGACGGCUAUCUUCCUCCCAUCUAGAACUACCAGAGCUCCCAGAGGUAGAAGAUCAUGCAGAGAAUCCGAUACAUGAUGCCAAUAUACCAUCUAAACAGAGCCAAGAACGAGACAUCUUGGAAGAUUCCACCUCUCUCUUCGAGGGAUCCGAUUCGGACACAUCAAUGGAUGAAUCAGCGCCUGUGAUAUCAGAUGACGAGUUCCUAUCUGGCGAGGAAGAUCGCUAUGCUUCGACUCUUGAUAAAGAAACCAGUCACGAAGAGGAAAAACGGUUGUGGGAGAUAUUAAACCAGGCCGCUAAGACUAAAUCCGCUCCACCAGCUGUCGAUAUAAAAAUGGAAAGCGAUGAUGAGGAGAAACUUUCACCUUCCCAUAGGAGAGUUAAACCGCCAGCAAAAAGAAAAACGGCCCAAGAACUUCGAGACUGGAGGGACUAUUGCCUACCAAUGGCCGAAUGGGAGUUAUUUGGAUCUAAAACGGUCCACAUUAACGAAGAGAUACGUGAGAAUCACUGCAUCAAGCGACGGAAGAUUGGAGACGACGGGUAA